CUCCCUGCACAUCAUCAUUAUCACACAUAAGCAUUUAACAAAGAAGAAACAUAUACUCUCUCUCUCUCUCUCAAUAACAAUUAUCCACCUUAAAACCUCAUUACAAACCUCGUUACAAAUUUCGUUUAAUUGAAUUGAUUACGUGAUGCAUUGCCAUCCCGCGCGCGGGAUCGGAAAGGGAUGAUUAUUCAGCGAGUUCCCGAGCACCUUUUUUUUUAAAUAUAAAAGAGUACUCUAGUUUCCCUUCGUUCUCAAAGCUCGUUUAUAUAACAACAAAGAAAAACAUGAGUGCUGCUGGUGAAGAUAUCAAGGCCCUUUUGCAAGAUUUGCUUGCCCAGGAAGAACGCUGCCAAUUCACAAAGUUCACCAGCGACGACGCGCUGAAGCUCGGUCUUCUUAUUCUGGAGAAUGCAAAGGCAUACACUCGUCCCAUUGUGCUUGACAUUAACCUGGCUGGUCAUCAGUUGUUCCAUUUCGCCAUGCAGGGUACUGGUCCCGAUAACAACGAAUGGGUUGCUCGGAAAAACAAAGCUGUGCUUCGAUUCAGACAUUCCAGCUAUUAUCUGGGCCGUUAUUGCGCAAGCCAGAACAAGACCCUUGAAGAAAAGUAUUAUGUGAGCGAAAAGGAAUAUGCUUGCCACGGCGGCUCGUUCCCGUUGAUCAUCAAGGAUGUGGGUGUUGUUGGCACCAUCACUGUCUCUGGCUUGGCCCAGCAGGACGAUCACGGUUUGGUAGUCAAGUCGAUUGAGCAAUUUCUAGGUCAAUAAAGAUUUCUUCAUUAGAGAGUGCUGAUAGUCUAGCAUACUAUGUGUAUUUGCUAUGUGAUUGUGUGUGUGUU